AUGGCUGCUGGAACAUCCACCUUGCUUAGCCUGUCAGGCCUUGCUGAUCACAUGGCUGAGGGCAAAGGGGCUUCUCUGAGUCCUUCAGUUGAGAAAAGAUGGAGGCUCAUGGCACCCGAGCAGGUCCAGUCAGGGCUGCUCAGGAAGACAAACCUGGACUCUGGAGCUGCUGCAGGUAAGAGUGGCCAAGAUGUGGCCUGUUCUGAACUGAGUCUGUCGACAGCAUUGACCAAGCCUCGACUGGACAGGCCUCUGGCCUGUAAGGCAUGCACAGAGCUGCCAUGUCUCCAGGAGAGGCCAGGGGAUAUUGAGGCUCAGAAGAGGAAGCCAGAGGACCCAGAAGGCCAGCUUGGCACUCAGCAGCCACUCUUGGAUCUCCCCAGAGCCUCAGUUGAUGGCACAGUGUGCUCAGUAUGGCCGGGUGCAGCCCGGAGUGAGCAGAGAAGCGCUUUCAGCAAGCCGGCCAAGCGCCCAGCAGAGAAACCCAGGCGCUCCCACAUGUUUCUGGCCAGUGGAAAUGCAGAGGGCCCAUGGGAGCUCUCAGGACUCAUCACCACUGUGGACAUCCCAUGUUGGGCUCAGCUGUCAACUUUCAAGGUCAUGGGUGAUUUCUGGAGAUUACACACGUUGUCACAGAACAUUCUAUUCUGCAAUGCUUUCCAGGGGGCUCCCACACCAUGGCUGGAUCACACCCAGGUGCAAGUACCCACAUCCUCACCACCUUCUGCCACAGCCUCUCGGGCUCUUUUGCCCCCCACACUCUCCUCCCCAGGCUUGUCCACUCAGAACUGGUGUGCAAAGUGCAACCUUGCCUUUCGUCUGACGGCUGACCUGGUCUUCCACAUGCGGUCCCAUCACAAAAGGGAGCAUGUAGGCCCUGAUCCGCAUUCUAAGAAACGGAGAGAGGAAGUCCUCACUUGCCCCAUUUGCCAUGAGUUCUUCCGGGAGCGCCACCAUCUUUCCAGGCAUAUGACCUCACACAGUUAG